AUGAGGAGGAUGAAGAGACCCGCUCCCUCUCCUGCUCUCGCUCCUGCAAAGGAACACCUUCCAUCCCCGGCCUCCACAGCGACUGUCGAUGCCCCGGGACGUACCAAUGGUCCCACAGGAGCUCUGGCUGCAGCAGCAGAGCAGACGCCCUCAGCGGCGCAGGUGAACGGGCUGCAGGAGCCGAGCGUGGCCAAGCGGCUGCGUGGGACUCCGGAGCGCAUCGAGCUGGAGAACUAUCGGCUGUCGCUGCAGAAGGAGGAGGAGCUGGAGGAGGUGCCCGAGGAGACGCUGGCGGAGCACAACCUCAGCAGCGUGUUGGACAAGGCCACCGCCGCAGAUCUGGGCUCCAGCAGCUCGGAGUCCGACAUGGAGGAAGAGGACGAGGAGGAGGAGGAAGGGGAGCAGCGGCCUCACAGCCCCUCAGACCUGGGCGGCGUUCCCUGGAAGGAGGCCGUGGAGCUCCAUGCCAAGCUGAGAUAUGACCCCGACGAAGAGGGGGACGCCCAGGACGCUGUCAGCAGAGACGCAGAGCUGGACGAGGACGAAGAGGAUGAAGAAGAGGAGGAGGAGGAUGAAGAAGAAGAGGAGGAGUCAAGUGAAGAGGGCGAUUACUGCCCCUGGGACAGAGAGCUCCAGUCAGGCCUUUGGCUGGACAAGUACCUGACAGAUGAAGACGAUACUGGUACUUUUAAAGCGAGAAACCUUCUGAUCCAACAAGUCCUGCAGCCGGUGGAUCCUCAAGCCCUUCCCGCCGUGGGGGGGACACAGCUGCAGUCUGAGGGGGAUAAGGAGGUCCCAGCAGUCGCUACACCCCAACUCUCUCCACCUCCCCACCCCUCAGAGUGCUCCCAGCCCUCCCCUCCAGAGCCCUGCGAGGAUGACGAGCUUGAAGCAGAGGCAGAAAGUCCGGAUGUAGAGCCCGGCACAGAGAUGGAUCAGGAUGACGUCCCGUCAGACGCAGAAGCCGAGGCUAGUUUGCGCCCGUCUGAGCUCACUGAAGCACUUUCUGAGGAGAACAAGAAAUCUGAGAAUGUGGAGAUGGCUUCCAGUCACGGGCCAUCUAGUUUCAACUCGAUUCGAGAAAAUGAAGCGCUCCUUCCUCCACUCGACCUCCCCAUAGAGCUGCUCCCUCAGACAAAUCGAAUAUCUCCUGCAAGUUUGUUAAAGUCGCCCGGCUCCCGCUUUUUCUCGGAUCCUUAUCUACCGCCGGAAACGGUCUCUUCUCCUUUGACUCCAGCUGCAAAGACCCCAGUUUACCCUGUGGCCACAGUCUCUGCUGCCCACCGCCCCACUCCCUCUCCGGUGUCUGCAGCACUUCCUGCAUCCACAUCAAACAGAUCACAUGUCAGCUCUCCUGUCAAGCCGCAGUCUCCCGACGGAUGUCCUGUCAGGACUCCGGUCCGCUCUCCGGUCCGCUCUCCGGUCCGCUCUCCGGUCCGCUCUCCGGUCCGCUCUCCGGUCCGCUCUCCGGUCCGCUCUCCGGUCCGCUCUCCGGUCCGCUCUCCGGUCCGCUCUCCAAUCUGCUCCCAGCCCACGUCCUUUCCCGAAACCCCAGCGCCCAGAUCUCCGGUGUACCCCAGUCGCUCUAUCUGCCCCCUGACCGGCAACCCCCUCUCUCCCAUCUGUGCCCAACCCAUCCCCUGCCACGAGGCCUGUUCUCCGCUCUCGUCCAGUUCCCCCGUCCGAACCCAGCCAGUCCCCGCCGUCGCCUCCACGCCAAAGUCAGAAGCGUCUGACAGGUCGGCGGAUUCUUCAAUCGAGGACACGCCAUCGAAGAAGACGGACAUCAUCGAGGAGUUCUGGCUCAAGAGCGCAGAGAUUAGAAAGAGUCUGGGUUUGACUCCUUUAGACCGCAGCAGUAAAAUCCUGGAGAGGAGUUCUGUGACGAGCCCGCCGCCGCCAGAGCCAAAUCCAGGGCCCAUCAAGACCAAAGAAGUAGCGGAAGAACAGAGGAAGCCGAGCGGACGCGCCGUCAUCCGCAGAAUCAACAUCACCCUGGAAGGUCAAGUCAUCACGCCCAUAAAGAUAAACAAGGCAGCGGAGAGAAAAGAUCCAAGCCGUAGCUCAGGGUUAGGUUUAAACGGCAGUCACACGAUGAACAGCGACGGCUUCAACACCUUCGAUUCCGCCAUGCUCACUCCCCCUUCCAGCCCCCCUCCCCCAGUGCCCAAUAACCAGUCACCGGCACUGGUCAGGCAACAAAAGCACCAGGCGUCAUGGAGCAACGGGAAGGAUAAGCCUCUGUCCGAGCAAACACAAAAAGAGCCCACAACAACAAAGACCCCGAUCCCUUCACCCAGGACUCAGCUUAGGCCAGUUUCAGCUCCUAAACCUGCUCAGAGGAAGGCUGCAUCUCCACAGACUGAAACUGCUCCUGCUGUCGUGAUGAGAGAGAAAAAGAAGAGUCGGCCGGAUUACGUGAGAAAAUCAUUUGUGGAGACGGUUGAAGAGAUUCCUUUCGCUGAUGAUGUGGAGGAGAGCUUCGACGAGAGAACGCCAGAAUCAAGCAUGAAUAGAUAUUAUACUCCACCCACCAGCAAAGCCAGCAGAGACCGGCCUCCCUUGCACCUAGCCUUAGCGAUGGAAAACGGUAAACCCAAUAUCCCGGUUAAUCCUGUCUCAAAGACCCAGAGGGCAACUCAAUUUUCUCCAGAGGCCAAGGAGAUUGCUGAGGAGAGAAUGAGGGCGAGAGAGAAAUCUGUAAAGAGCCAAGCCUUGAAAGACGCCAUGAGCAAGCAGCUGCACAAAAUGAAAGAUUCCAACGUCGACAAGGGCGUUUCACCGAAAGUGGCGUGGAACGUGACCCCGGAAGCUUCCAGCAAAAGUAAGAAAUCACCCGGGUCUCCCAGGACAUCUGCCGUGAAGGCGUUGGAAAACAAAAAGGCCGAGACUCUGCCCGAGCGCUUCUUCAGCAGCAACAAAAGCCUGGACAGCUCGGUGGCUUCGUCCGACGGCUCCACCUCCACCACCAAGAGCAAAAAGCGCAGCUCGCUCUUCUCGCCGCGCAAGAACAAGAAGGAGAAGAAGGUUAAAAACAGCAGCAGCAGACUGUCGGGCUCGGACGAAACGCCGCCCAAACACAAGUCCCUGUGGAAGGCCGUCUUCUCAGGGUACAAGAAGGACAAGAAGAAGAAAGAGGGCAAAUCGUGCCCUAGUACCCCGUCGUCCAGCUCCACCACGCAGGACUCGGGCAAAAAGACGUCAUCUCCGGGGAGGGCGUCAGAUUUGAAGUCGAGGCGAAACUUGAGCUUUUCUGAAGACUCAGACUUGUCGUGCGACGAUGUGUUGGAGAGGUCGUCCCAGCGCUCCAAAGCUGACAAAACCUACACAGAAGAGGAGCUGAACGCCAAAAUCACAAGGAGAGUCCAGAAAGCUGCACGGCGCCAAGCAAAGCAGGAGGAGCUGAAGAGGCUGCACCGAGCUCAGAUCAUCCAGAGGCAGUUGGAGCAGGUGGAGGAGAAGCAGAGGCAGCUGGAGGAGAGGGGAGUCGCGGUGGAGAAGGCCCUCAGAGGCGAAGCAGGGAUGUAUAAAGGUACUUAUACGUUACCCAAACAGCACAAAAGGCGCUCAGACUAUUGGGGAGAUUCUAAUUACAGUGAAAUCCUGGACUUGCAUCUGGGCGUCGAUCCCGGCGUGGGGACCUCCCGCCGAAGACCCGUGUCCCUGUGCCCGUGCUGGUCCCCCGAAGGAAUGGGCAAGAAGGACGACCCCAAACUGAUGCAGGAGUGGUUCAAGCUGGUGCAGGAGAAGAACGCCCUGGUCCGCUACGAAUCCGAGCUCAUGAUAUUCGCCAGAGAGCUGGAGCUGGAGGACCGUCAAAGCCGCUUGCAGCAGGAACUCAGGGAGCGGAUGGCGGUGGACGAUCACUUGAAAUCAGAGCAGGAGCUGGCGCAGGAGAAGCAGAUCCUGAACGAGAUGUUGGAGGUGGUGGAGCAGAGAGACUCUUUGGUCGCGCUCCUGGAGGAGCAGCGCCUCCGCGAGAAGGAGGAGGACAAGGACCUGGAGGAGGUCAUGCUCUCCAAAGGCUUCAACCUCAACUGGACAUGA